AGAAUGGGAAUUUAUUGAUUUUCUUUCUUGUAUCCAUGUGCGACAUUAUAAAAAUAUGUGUAUCAUUACCUAAAUUUUUAAUCGGUUACCUAUUUUGUUUCUUUACCACAAGCCAUUUAAAAAGUGUGAAAGUGUAAAAAUAAAACGAAAACGAUCAGGACCAGCAAUAUUCAUCUAUAUUUAGUAAAAAGUUCAAGCUAAUAUAUUAGUGAUUUUUAAUUAUAAGUUUUAAAAUAUAAAUACAAGUACAAGUACUAGAAUAUUUGCCAUGAAAAAUACCAAUAUGCAUUGACAGAAAAUGACUUGAAAAAUCAAUAAAAUCUGCAUUGUAGUCGUUGCUAGGUUCUAAAUUACGGCUAUGCAGUAGACAGACUUCUUUUCAUGUAAAAAAAUAUGUAGAACAGUUGUAGACUUUCAAGAUGAUGGAAGGUAUCUUAACUCAAAAAGUUACACCUCUACUGAAAUGUAUAGUGUUAUUCUUAUUUAUAUUUACUGCUAAAGUUCUCACAUCGCGCCCUCAAGAAUCUCAAGACUUCAGGAGCGACUUACAUCACUCAAAGCCAUCACAUUAUGUAAGGACUUUCACUAAAUAUCACCAUAGAAGAACCAUACAGUGGAAUAACCCUCAUGAAUUAUACUGGCCAUCACAAGAUUUACCAAAAAGCAAAAGAAGUAUUGAUACUCAUUUUUAUUGGCCUGAAAAGUCAAGAUACCCAGGACAUGCUCAGCCAAAGAUUAUUAGAAAAAAAAGGAAUAUUCCUUAUUCAAAUUUAAUCAGUGGUGAGGUGCAACAUUAUAGGAUAAUUCCAAGGAAUAAAAAAAGAAGUGUUGGUGUUAUUAAUGAUUUUACUGGAUCAAAAAAAGUGUUAAAACAAUUUGUUGAUUCUGAUGUAGGAUAUCAUGAAACUAAAAUUAUUGCAUCCGGUACAUCAAACAAAGAUACAAGUAAUGGCAAAAAUGGAUUAAUCACAAGUAAUAGGAGUAAAGAAAAAAAUAUUUUUACAACAGCCGGUUCACCCAUCCAAUGCUUAUAUAAACUCCAUAGAGUAUCUAUAAGUGUAACACCUUCUUACAAAGAUGAAAAGAAUGCUCAGAUUAUGGUGGAAAAUAACAGUCAUGACAUUGGAGUCAUAUCAGAAUCAGUUCUACCUAAUGGAGAAACCGCUCUUGUGGAACAGUGCACUGACAUUAGAGCAACAUGCUAUGCACUCUGGCAUCGUAACCAAGACGGAAAUGUCACUGUCUUAGGGCAAGGAUGCUGGCAUUCAUCUCAGCGUGAUGGACAAAACACCUGUGACAAGUGCACGCCAAUUGAUCAGAUGGAAAGUACCAAGUUCUGUUGCUGUACGAAGCCUUAUUGCAACGCGGACUUCUUGUCACUAAGGGAGGAGACGGUGACUAUCAAAGCUGAAUCAACAAUGAAUACAGUGAACCCUGGACCGAACUACUCGCGCGUGGUGGCAUCAGUUAUACUGGCAAUAGUUGCCAUUGUGGUCACCAUAGUGCUGAUCAGGAAACUGUACUGCAAGAGGAGUGCACCUGAUAAACAGGAAUUGAGUCUUGCUGGUCAAGUAGAGAAAGGUGAUAUAAUGGGCACUGGACCUGAUGCAUUAGCCACGGGUCUACUCUGCGUCGAUAAUUUGACUUUGAUAGAACACAUAGGUCAAGGAAAAUUCGGGUCAGUAUGGCGAGGCAGUCUGGGUUCAACUCCCGUCGCGGUGAAAUUGUAUUCCAAUGCAAACGCGUGGCAGAAAGAGGCGGCAAUAUACGCGUUGCCUCAUCUUUCUCAUCCCAACAUAUUGAAGUAUUAUGGUAGCGACACCCGCGCAUCACUGACGGACUGCGGUCGUUCGCGGCUCGUUGUAUUAGAACUGUGCGUCGGAACGUUACGUGACCGUUUACAGAGAGCUCCCCUCUCGUGGCGGGAGUACGCGGCUAUAGCUCACGGUCUGGCAGCCGCUAUAGCUCACCUCCACGCGCCUGUUGGCAACAAGCCGUGUAUCGUGCAUCGCGACGUUAACAGUAACAAUGUACUAAUCACUAGCAAUGGACAAGCGAGACUAGCUGACUUGGGUCUAGCGCAAGUUUUACACGCCAGAAGGGAAAAGCAACCCAGUAGGAUUACUGAGGCUGGUACGUUACGGUACUUAUCGCCAGAAGCGUUAGAAGGCGCUUUAGAUCUGAGCGGGGCUCGCGCUGCUUUAUGCGCUGUGGAUGUAUUCGCGCUGGGUCUGGUGCUGUGGGAAUCGUUGUGGCGGUGCUCCGGGGCCCACCCGGGCUCCGCCCCCACGUACAUGCAGCCCUACGGACACCUAUUGCCCGACAGACCUACCUUGCAACAGAUGCAGACGCUAGUAUCGCGCAACAAAUCUCGGCCACCCCUACCAAAAGGACCAGUGCCCGAAACGAGAGCUCUGAAAAUCGCCACAGACACUUGUGAAGAGUGCUGGGAUCAUGAUGCUGAAGCCAGAUUAACUGCGGUCUGUGUGGAGGAACGAAUGGCUGAGUUGAAGCAAAUGCUUCAAACUCAGGGUCCGGUGAUACACGAUAACAAGCUACAUCCGCAUCCUCCCGACACAAAUAUUCCCGAAAUGGAUAAAAACUCUAACUGUACUAGCGGACAGACUAGUGACCCCGCGGCACCUUUACUAGCGCGCCCAGAAUUCGGACGAAACGCUUGCAUCGAACGCAACACGCACACAAACACCCAGUCGCAUACAGUACAACUAAUACAUAAAAGUUUAAAAGACAUCACCGCUACAGAAGUAAAACCGCAACGCGUCGAGGAGAACUGUCUCUCCGUCGCUCGUACUCAUAGACCACUUCCCGAAAGUUCAGAUAGACUUAACGAGAUAAGGUCUUACCAAAGACCUCUAGAAUAUAUCCCCAAUGACGUCUCUUCUCACGAAGACCGAGGUCCGAAAAGCACUAACCUCCUUCAGGAGGUGAAAGUAGAAAAACCCAAAUGGGGUAUAAGAAAAUUCUUCGAGAGAUUAAACAAGAAAAUGGACACCGAAGUGAAAUUAAUGCCGGAAACUUCUACGCAAAACGGCAAAACGAAAACGUCCAUAAUAGAGAAAUGUAACAACUUUGACAGGCCUUCGAACUUGGUUUUGAAUCAGGAUAGUAUAUAUAACAUCGAAGGGCCUUGCACCUUAUCUCCUCCCAAUAGGACUCUAUCUCCAACAAUGAUGAUCGAGUCCGAUAUGAAUAGAGAGAAUAACGUUUUCGGCUUCAGAGAGUUACCAAACGACGAUGCUAAAAACCAGUGUCAGAUUUUCGCCGUGAUUGUACCGAAAGCGAAACCGGACGCGGAAUCACAUAGUAAAACUGCUAAGAGCAGCGACGACAGCAUUGACAAGUUUAAAACCUCAAUGUCAUCGCAGAGUAUUUUUAAAAACCAUUCGGAAUCUGAAGACUCGACGGUGAAGAAAAGACUGAGCUCCGACAAUAAGAUCACCCAAAGUGGUGGAUCAUCUCGUGCGAGCAUAAAUUUGGAACUUCAGUACAUUAAUAACCAAGAAGACGCGUUUGACAGCCCAUUUGACCUCAAUUCAGAUUGUUCCAGUAGUGAAGAUGAACAUUUAAUGCUAUUAUCCGAAAACGGUGGCUCAAAGAUUACUAUGCAAGCGAUCCCAAAGGAUGUCGAAAAGAAGAAAUUCCAAAACGACGUACUGAAAGAAGCCAGUCAAGUGACAGAUUUCGGCUUUAACAAAUACCAAAACAAGUACACCAAUUUCGACAACGAAUUCAGUUAUUCGAAUGAUAAAGAGAAUUUGGGGUAUAGCGGCGAUAAUCCCGUGUACCUGGCCGCUUUGAACGGGGAAAUAGAUACUACAGAUAUGAAAUAUUUAGGGGAAUCCGAGAAUAAAUCCCCUAAACCGUUUUUGAAAAGUCUUUCUAUUAAAAGGCAAAGGUCUUUGGAGCAAGUGUCGGAAAUUUUCACGUCGUCCGGAGAUUUGAAUUUGCUGAAUCCCGCUGGACGGGUGAAAACUCCUGGGGAUCUACCGGUCGCCGUGAGGAGAGCAAGGCGAGAUCGUGCAUUGCAAAAAGGCAGAGCUAGUGAAAGUAACAGAUUGAGCCUUUACGAUGAUAGAAUGAUGUUUGGUAAUAGCCUGUGA